AUGAAGGACGACGACAGAGAGUCGCCCCGGCGUCCUGUUCAACGGGCGACGGCCGAUUGGGGGCUGCGAAACAUCCCAGGAGACGGUGUAGCAGUGUCAGGUGGAGAUUUCCCAUCUUUACAGGAAGUAGGUGCAGGACCUCCAUUUUUCUCUCUUGGCACGGAAGUGGGGGCUCACGAGGGAGAAGACAUCCGUUCCUGCGAUCGCCGCAGCGACUUUGUUGACUGUGGCUCUCAACAGAAGGCUCCAGUCUGCCCAACACGUGGAGAACAGCAGAGCACAGACACGAUGACAAGAAGAGGAGCGAAGAGAAAGGGCGGGGCCAUGCGGCCCACCAGGAAGAGAAACAUGUUACGCGCAGGAUGCAGCCCGUUGGAAUGUCUUCCUUCCGGUUGCCUUUUCACGUUGUUUUCGUUCUUCGAUGUGAGCCGCAUUGCCGACUUUCGGCUGCUUUCGAGUACCUUGAAGGCAGCCGUGGAUUCGCCCGGCUCCCUCGUUGAGUGCAGCGCGUUCACUGUAACGUCCAAGCUGGCCUCGACGAGCAGGACCCCAGAACGGAAAGAGUUAUCCUGUUCAGACCGCCGUUUCUCAUGCGCGUCGUCUUUUUGGUGGGGGCUUCUGGAUCGUCCUCCCCAUUUGAGGCGCCUGGCCAUAUGCCGUGAUGCAAUUGGCGCCUUUGAAGGUGGCGAGAGAACUUGCAUUCCGCUGUCGUCUUCUCUUCGGUUUCUUCUACUUCUGCUUAGGCGUAACGCUGCUGUUCUCGAGACGCUGAAAAUUACUUCACCGGAUCUUCAGUGCCACCGCCUGGUGGGUCGGACUGAAAAGACGCCUCAACCGACGUCCGUGCAUGCGCGAAGAUGCGAACAACAACUGCGCCGCCGCGUAACGGCUGAUGGCAGCACAAGGAAACCAGCACGCAGGACAAAGGCCCAUACCGGCCCUCCUUAUGCGCAGGGCGAUGCAAGUGGAAAAGGAGCGACAGAGGCAACUGAGGCAGAAGGGGGUAGACUGCUUGAAGACACUUCAGAGAGAGGAGCGGACAGUGAACGGGAAAGCUGUAGUGAUGGAGAAAGGAACGACUGCGGAUGGGCGACAAGCCGAAUCUCUCAAGCAUCGCUGCCCGUCCGGGAGUGUGGUCAGGUUGCAGGCGUCCAGCAUGAGCCCCUUCCUAUGGGAAACACCGGCAACAGAGUUGAGGCGCUACAACCAGGAGAGGAGUAUUUUAAUUCAUCUUCGUCAUGGAUGGUAGCACCUUCCAAGCCUCACCUGGCUCCGUCCUGGCUUCCCUUUGGAUGGCAUCCACUUUCUCCUGCAUCUCGAAACUUCGUGUCCUCCGCUCGCGUCCCGCCCUUCGCCAGCUUCAUGCCUCAUGCGUCCGUUUCCUCCCUCGUCGAGCCUACGUCGCCCCUGUACUCUCCAUAUGAUAUCAUUCAUCUUACUUUGGUGUUUCCACGGCUAUCGUCGCUCUCCCUGCUCGGGUGUCACUCCUUCUUAUGGCUCCGUCUUUUGUCCAAAUGCAGUUUUCCAUCGUGUCAAGUCUUCUCUCUCGUUUGCCAGUGUCUCGGAGUACACGUUGCUCUUGCAGGCGAAGCGCGCAGCGAGGGCGAUUUGUGUCAGCCCCUGCCGGCGAGCCGCCAGUGCUUCGGUGGAGGCGGUGAAAGGACGGGGGCUGCGCGAAAUACCAUGUCAAUUGAAGGAGACAUAGUGAAUCUGCUUCUGUCGGCGCCUCUUCUGAGGUUUCUCCGUCUGGAGACUCGUCUGCCUGUCUCCCGUCGAGUUUGGCGCGCAGUCUUUGGAGGCUUUUACAGCACGCCAUAUGAUGAAGAACGACGUUUUCCCGGCCUGACGCAUCUGACGGACCUUGCAAUAGGCGACCGAUCAAUUCUUCACGUGGCUGACGUUGUGCACGAGAUAGUGAACUCACCCUCUCGGGUUACUAUCGCGUUGCGGCAGCCCGUGUCUGAGUCGUUGCCUCCCGACGAGCCUGUCCCUUCGUCGGCGGUGCCUUCCCCGUCCGAGACGGUCACGGAGUCACAGGCGGAGCCUCAUCGAGCGAGCGAUGAGACCGGAGAUCCACAGUUAUUUUUGUCGCGAGAUGCGCCGUUAUCACCCCCGACAUCUGAUCCUCAGACAGACAGAACAGGCUUAACCCAUGAUGCAGCGACGCACAGCGUUUGCCAGCUGAGAAGAGUGUACCUUGGAUCACUCGGUGGCAGCCAGGGAGAGGUGCCUUCCGUGGCCAUCGCAAGCCUUGACGUUCUCAUGCGGGCCUUCCCAGACUGUCACUUUGUUCUCGACACGUUUUUGGCAGGUUGUGAGGGACCGACCGGGGACGUUGUUGGGCAAGGGGGGCCAAUAAGCGACGACGAGGAGGUUGCACGGCUUCUCCCUCGCGUUCUUCCUUACGUUCGCCACCUUCGGCUGCACUUUGAUGACCCUAACAGUGACGUUCCGCUUGUUCCACGCAACACACGUUUUUACGAAACUUCCGAUACAGCGCGAAUCGCGGCGCGGGAAAACCGAGCUCCUUCACUGACGUGGCUCUCCUCCUCUCCACCUUCUGUCGCCCCUCAUGCACGGCGAAUCUCCGUAGACUUCUUGCAUUUCCAUCCUGAACGACAUCAGGGGCUUUUCCAUUGCAAGUUUGGUGCAGGGGCUCCGUGUCCGCCUGAGUGCGACCAGUCGCUUGGUCGUCGUCCUCCAUCAUCGUCUUCCACUCAUGAGAGGAUGGCUUGGGAAGUGCAGCAACGCCGAGCGCCGUGGCCCUCAUUCUGCAUAGAGGGCCUUCCGGAGCCCGCCUGCUCUCCCCCCGCUCGGCCUCGUCGCAGCUUCAGCCGUGCUUCUUCAGGGAACUGCGAAAGCAGUGGAGCGUCUCGCCUUCGCGAAAGAUGCAAGAGACAGGCUGGCGCAGAUGCUUCGUCGUCCAACGAACCACGAGUUCCUGCUGGCGCAGCGCCGGAGUGGGAGGUGGGAGUACCUCGUGCUUUCCACUCGUGUUCUGACGAAGCCACGGAGGGACACGAAAAACUGUCGGCACUCGCAGAGACCCUCGUGCUUCCUGUUCUCCGCUCAGAUGCAUUUCCCGCGUUCCUUUUGACUCCACAGCGCCCCCCGCGUCUUCUCGGAUUCGCGACGAGCCGAAAGAGGCGCAGCAGAUUGAGACUGCGGGAGACGCAAGGUGCGGACUGGCGGAUGGCGGAAGAAGGCAGAUAUAAUGGAGGUUCGUCCCCCAGACGUGCAGAUGAACAUGUCGGGAGAACUGGGAGCCAGGAAAAUAGCGGAAGGGAAGAUCGGCGCGCAGCUGGCCUGCCGGGAAGAGCGAGGAGAGAGAGGCUGGAGCGGGGUCGUGGGUGGGGGCAAGGGGAGGUGUGCGGUUUUUUAGGGGGCGCCAGAAGCGUCCUCGCCAGGUGUCGGCGAACGCGAGAACGCAUAGAUAUUGAUCUCCUGCAUGCACUCUGCAAAGACCCUGCCCUGCGUGACAAAGUCAAAGGCCUCGAACUUCAUUUGGACGAGCUAGUGGAGUCCCCGCGGACAGCCGCAUUCGUUAGGGCGCUGGUAGAUCUUCGAAAAAAAAAAGAGAGAAAUGAAUGUAGGCGCAGCUCCCUGGGCCGUGCGUCGGUUCAGACUGAGCGUGAACUCGGAGACCAUCACGGCGAAGAAUCUGCGAUGGAAGGUGACAUGCACCGUGUCGGCCUUGGGCGUAGCGUAACUUUUGUGGAUACGGGGAGACGCAGUCUGGCCGUUUGGAAAUCGUGCGGAGUACGAGACAGCGCAAUGGACCUGAGGGACGGACGAAAUGACGGCGACGCUGUAGAGAUUUCUGAGUCACCAUGCCUAGAGGUGCUUCGGCUUACCAAUCAUUGCUUGGGUCCCGACGAAUUCCCAGGUGGUGCAUACUCCAUCACUCCUCCAGCUAUUCAAGCGAACGAACAAAAUGGGAGAAAAUCUGACUGUUUCGCCUAUCGGCCACGCAGCGUUGAGGAGCUCGGGGUCUGUGCAAAACUUCUCGGCUCGUUUAAUUCUUCCCAGCCGGCCUCUGUGCCCUCUGAGAGGCUAGAGGGAGAGAAGAUCGCUGCGCUGUUCAGCGAGCUUCUGCACUGGUAUCCCGAGCUCGAAACGAUAGAGGUCGAAGUCCCACCAUUUCUCUUCGAUGAAGAGGAAGACGAAGCGUGGCGCGAGGAACCUCCGCAGCUUGUGGCUGUAGAGAAGCUUCUUCGGUCCCUCGGUUUUGUUCGCUCCACAGUGGAGACGCCUGGCGCCAGUGUAUAUGAGCACGUCAUCGUGUUCGAGCGACGGGAGAAUAUUUGGGGAGCAGCAGAAACAUAG